CGCUGCCGAGGGGCAACUCGCUCGGGUCUUCGGAGCAAGUCGUGGUCACUGUAUAGUUUGCAACAAACACCCAGAAAGAUCAGCCUGUAAAAUUAAAUCCAAACAGAACUGCUGCUGCAGUCGGUGCGACGCUCGUCGUCCGUCAUUCUCCGUCCCUGAAAAUUGUCAUAUUCAUGUUGAUAAUUUGAAACGCGAGUUCAGUAACCAAUUAUCGGAAAGAGCUUUCCUUACGUGAUCUCCGCCUGCCCCGUGGACCCGCUAUAUUUCUACCAUAGAUUCCUCGGAAUCAAAGCGUAAUAAGGAAAAAGAAGUCCUAUUUCACAUCCUCUCAUUCUACGUCGUAUACGCGAGUGAAAGUGAAGCGAGUGAAGGUGCGGGAUUUUAGCCUCCUGGUGGCAGGUGGAGUUCACGUUCGAGGGGAUUUCGGGAUAAAACGGGAACCUGGAGGACGGACUGAGAAACGAACUCCGGCUACAAUUAGCGGUUGAAAGUCCUGCGGAAGAUAGGGAGUCAACUGGUGAACAUAAGGGAAGCCUUCUGGUACACCUUAUAUCGAUCUGCAUCUUAACUGGGAAUCCUAGACGAUGAGCGUCCUCUCGUCAAUCGGCGGCGUACGCUGCCUGGCGGAUGAGGAGGCAGACCACAACAUGCUGCAGGAUCUUCAGCUGGCUGCUGAACUCGGCAAGACAUUACUAGAACGUAAUAAAGAGUUGGAAAACAAUUUGAAACAACAACAAAACACAAUUGAUGAACAAGCUCAAGAAAUAGAGUAUAUGAAAAAACAGACUGCCGCGUUGAGGGAAGUGAACGAUUCUAGAUUGAGGGUUUACGAACAGCUUGAAGUCAGUAUACAAGAUCUCGAAAGAGCCAAUCAUCAGCUUGCCCUUGAAAAUUCAUCGGAUAAAAAACAGAUCAAAAGCCAAGGAGUAAGCAUCGAAUCUCUUGAAGCCCGCUGUGAAGAGUUGCAAAAAAAAUUGGACGAACUCACCGCUGAACAUGAAACUUUGCUUCGUCGACUUCAACAUGUAAGUGGAACGGCUGAUGCAACACCGCCUCGUAUCACUGCGAUUUGGAAGGCGAAGGUUUCGCAGGAUGGCAGCAUAGAACAGGUCGCUGCCUCGCCUCUCCCUUUGCCUGACAAAUCAAUGGACACAAGCAUAAGAGAGCUAGCCACGACAUUAGCGAACGACGAUGAAGUUACUGAGUUAUUAAGACAGUUACAUGAAACUAAAAAUCAGAGAUCACGUGAGCAGAAGAGGGUUGUUGAACUUGGUGAACAGUUGAAUUCUCUAUUACAAGAAAAUGUGAAUCUUGAAGAGCAGUUGAAUGUCUGGCGACAAAAAGCUGAAGGGAUGAAAAAUCUUCAAGAUGAAAUUAGCACGCUGGAAGAAGUGAGACAAGGUCACUUAUGCGGACGGUGUUUGCGCGGCGUUGACAAUAGAACUCAUGAUGCGCUUUCGAUAAUGUUGGACCAAGAGGAAGAUGAUGAUCUUAGCCUUAUCGAUUCUAUAACGACUGAUAGCCAUAGAGACUCCGGGACCCCAUUGCCACAGGAGAAUUGCGUCAAAGUAGAGGACGAAGCGGUAGAAGACAACCCGUAUAGGGUCCUUGUGGAGAAAUAUGAAGCCUUAUUAGAAGUUCAGCGUCAUCCAGCUCCUCAUCGCAAAGCAAGUGGUCCCACAGGCACGUGUUUGUCGCUUCAGGAGGAGCUGGUGAUGUCAGGGGACUUUAACAGCUUUACAAACACAUCAUUACAGUCGGAGCUUAAGAGUAACCAGCCUGUUCCAUACGAUAACAAGGUGACAGGGGGCUGCAAACUUCGAUCUAUCUGCAAAAAGCCGUUCUCUGGCACACCAACUGAUUUAUCAGAGGCGGAAUCUUCCUCCUCCGGUUUCUCAGAUGAAACGAGUAACAAAGCAACGCAAACUGACGAUCGAACGGGAUCGCUCCUUUGCUCUAUAGCUGACGGCGAAGACUGCAAAUUCAGCAUAUACGACGAUGCUAGCCCGAUCGAAAGUCGCUUCAGUAAAACACCAGAAUACAGACACUUGUUCAGGGAAAUAUUCGAGGUACUGAAACGUGCUGCUGAAGCAAAGGAUGAGGGUGAAAAACUUCCGCUUCUUGAUGAAACUCACCAAACCUCCGCAACUGCUUCAAGAGUUCCUCAUUCAAAGACGCUGAGGGAAAACUUCGCCGAUGCUCAAAGCGAGAUUGCCGAUGAUACCCAGAGCGUAGUUUCGUCCAUAGUUUCUUCUGUGGUAUCAGAACCACCCUACAGAAGUCAGACUCCCGUUUGCAAUCAAAAACAAACCACUAGCCAAUCGACGAAAAAUGCAGACGCUUCGCAAGCAAAACCGGCAAACACGAAUAUGUCUAGUCCCAAUAUACCAGCAAAUAAUGAAGGGAAAACGAAUACCGCUGCUCCGAUGAGGCCAAUGUUGACUCCUGUAAAACGUCAGCCUUUAGAAUACCUUUCAAUCGGUGUUGGUAUAAGGAAAAAGUCAUCGGCAAAGAAAUAUUCGGCAAAGAAAGUAUCGCCAGUUGGUGCAAAUGCUGAUUUCAGACCCUCUACUCCUGAAACUGUGCAGAAUACAAAUCCUAAAAUUGUACAGGCGAAAGCAAACAGUGGAGGCAGGAGGAAAUUCAGGGUUCCGAUUUUUGCCGAACAAUCUUCUGAUAGCAAUCCUGCUGUUUGGAAUGGUAAUACUCUUAACUUUUUCCCAAGCAAACAGGCUGGUGCAAGGGAACCAACGAACAAUGGGGUUCCUAAACAGAGCAAUUCUUUUGUACGAUAUGUAAGUGAACACCAUAAUACGACGUAUGAAUAUCGACCAAGUACAGCGUCAGCUGAGGUGGCAAGGCUUAAACGUCUCGAGAUGUCAUAUGCAGAGGCGCUCCGUAUGCCAAAUAAACCAAAAACGACUAACAGUAAUCGUCGACAUUGAAUUUAUGGUAAUGUGUGAUUCGAUCUUCCAUAACAUCUUUUUUGUACGUAAUUUAUAUCUAUUUUGUCGGAUAUCAUAACGAGUGAAAGAGUGAGAGCAAAAUAGAGCAAAAUGAAUUUUUCUAGUACGUGUUAUAAUGUACAAGAUUAAAUUAUAUUGCAUCAUAAGAAAAAUGCGCAUUCUAUAGUAUGUGAAUCAAUGAAAUAAUUAUGCAGUAUUCUAACGGCCCAGCCACCCACACAAUCAACUCUGUAAAUAAUGAUAAGGUAUAUAGUUAUUAGGUGUUUUUAUUUUGUUGUAAAUUAUUUUUUUCACCCCUCUUGAAAGAAACCUCCAUUUUACCAAGCUAUAAAUUAAUUAUUAUGUCAAUGUGAACAUGUGCCGGUCGUUCAUGCCACAAGAUAUUCGAUUCAGAAUUGAUUUUGAGCAUAGAUGAUUAUAUCACAUUCGCAGCAGACUGAUUGCAGGUUCAAUUUUAAUCAUCUAACAAUUGCUCCAAAAUGGCAUAAUAUUCUAUUUUACGCAUGGAUAUCCUGAAGUUUGUGGGGGGGGGGGGGGGGGGUCUCUACAGAUUUCAAGCAAAGAAAAAGAAUUUAAUUAAAUUAUUUAUGUGCCAUUUUAAUGAAAUUAAAUCGAAGUUGAACUAUGGUAUUCUAAUGUCUUACAGUGUCUGUUUAUUCGGUUUAACGUAAAAUACUAUAUUCAAGUCGAUACAUCAGCUACUUUGGAACAUUAUAACAUAAUUGUUUAUUUCCCUGCUGAAUGAGAUCAUGAAAUAAACCUCGGGUCGUGACCAAGAUACAUUAUAGCUUUUAUAUUUAAGGCAUGGAUAAUAUAUCUUGUACAUUUCAAUAAAUUUUUUUCGUAA